CUGUGUGUGUGUCUUUGUGUGUGUGUCUGUGUCCCUGUGUGUGUGUCUGUGUCCCUGUGUGUGUCUCUGUGUGCAGUGAGAUCAGUGUCAUGGCGGCCGUCAGCAUCAUGGCGGUUUGUUGUCGAGCGUCUGUUCUCGCUCUUUGUUUCCUCGUCUGCUUCCUUCAGGUUCUCAUCCAAGGAAAAGUUUUCCUCCGAGCUCCGCAGGCUCACGACGUUCUCCUGAGAACCAGACGAGCCAACAUGUUCCUGCUGGAGGAGUUUCUGCAGGGGAACCUGGAGAGGGAGUGUUUUGAGGAGCUGUGCAACUACGAGGAGGCACGAGAAUAUUUCGAAGACACUGAGAAGACGAUCUCAUUCUGGACAGUUUAUUACG